AUGCCGCGUAGUCGAAGUCGAAGUCCACGAGAUCGAUAUGGUAGUAAUCGAUAUCGUGGAGGUGGUGUAAUAAAUUCUGGAAAUAAUCGAAAACGACAUAGUCGAUCAAGAUCACGAUCACCAAGAGAUCGUGAGCGAGAUGGACGCGAUCGAAUAUAUCGUGACCGUUAUCAACAACGAUCUGAACGUCCGAAUAAACGUUAUUCUCGAUCACGUUCACCAUCACCAAAAGCAUUCGGAAAUAAAAUAGUCGACAAACGUCUUGAACCAACACAACGAAUUUUUGAUCCUUCGGAAUUACAAGGUAAAACAGAAGAUGAAAUUGAAAUGUUAAAAACAAUGGGUUUUGCAUCAUUUGAUACAACUAAAGGUAAACAUACAGAUGGUUCAACAAAUGCUCAUGGAACUAAUAUUCAACAAAAACGUCGUUAUCGACAAUAUAUGAAUCGAAAAGGUGGUUUCAAUCGUCCAUUAGAUCCAAUUGCUUAA